AUGUCACUAUUAAGCGAUGUACUACCUAUCAUAGAAGAAAAGAAAAAUGCACCACCCAUUAGCAGCAAUUUAAGCCCUAAAUUACUUCCAACAUUCCUUCAUGAACAAGCUCGUCUAGAACGGCUUUCACAAACAUCUAUUAAUAAACCAAAUGCAGAUCGAUUUUUUUUUGAGCCCAUUACACAUGAAUCAUUUAAAAUUUUUAAUUAUAAUGAAGACACUGCUAUGGAGGAAAUGAACGUUAUAGCUACUACAUCAGUUGAUAGUGAUAUGACUACCAUAAAUGAUACGAUUAAUUUUUUAUCUAUAGGCAGUUUAGAUAUUUUAAAUUAUGAUGAGGAGAAUGUACAUGAUCUUAUACCAAAGGAAUCUGGAUUAACGUUGAAUUUAUCAAAAUAUAAAGAAAGAAGAGAAAAUACUGAAAGAGAACAACAAUCAAGAUUAUUAGAAUCACCAUUAAUACAGAAUAUUCAGCCAAUACAAAAUGUUUGGUUAACUAAUGCUACAGCUGUUCAUCUACCUACAUCACAACCAUCGUCAACAGCUAUGGCAACAACUACUGAAGUGGUAUCAGAAGCAUCAGCAAACUCUUUGAUAGCUACUGCUAAGGACAUUUUAGUUUACGAUAGCGAGUUAAUUGAUACAGAUAUUUCAGAAAUGGAGAAGAACACAAGCAAUGAAAUAUACGCUUAUCCUGAACAAAUGAUUCCUAUCUUUACUACCCCAGAACAACAAACAGAAUCUGAUAAAAUUGGACAAAUUGCUUCUGGACAAUCUGAUAUGUUCUUUCACAUCAACUUUAACAAGUCAAUUAGUGAACUCAACUUUCCUUCAAACAUGUCUGAUACCUCUCUCAAACACGGCUGGACACACUCAGGCAAACUCACUUUCUUAAAGGCCAUGCUUGAUAAACUCGCUGAUCAAGAUCUUUCAAUUGCAAUUGCGACCUAUAAUAUGGAUGAUGAAACAAUGCUUAUUUCUUGGAUUGAAGACGAACUCAACUUGGCCUGUGCCCGUUUUAGUCAAGUUUUAGAUUCAUGGGAGGGUAACUAUGGUAUCUUUGUGAAAACAAAGCGAACCUCUGAUCCCCACACGUCUAUCAUUCAGAAUAUAGAAGCCUCUGUUCAUCUCCUGAUAUGUAUGGAUGUACGCAUUAGUCGAGACGAUAAUGUAUUUAAACAGAUCAAAGGGGCCAAAAAGACAGAUGGUAUAGAACAAGAAGACUAUCUACCUAUUGCAUGGCUUGUUAGCUUAGGCUCAAUAGAAGCUAGAGCCUUUGACUAUUUCAUCAAAGACUCAAUAUCGUUUAAAGAAGCAAGUAAAAAAGAAGAAUUUAAACAGUUACUUCGUAUUGAAAACAUAAAUAAUUGGCCAAAACAUAAUAAAAUGGAUCAUAAAGAAUUAGCAAGUCUAGUGGCAGAUAAUGUCAGCUUGUGGCUAUCAUUAGACAGUCAGCAUAUCACCUCACAAUACCAAUUCAGAUCCACAACACAAUUACCUCAAUCAUAUCAUUUCGCUAAUCUCAAGACUAUUCCUACUACGACUACUACUACGACUACUACUGCUAAUACUACUACUACUACUGCUGCUGCUGCUGCUACUACUGCUACUACUGCUACUACUACUGCUACUACUACUGCUACUAUUCAAGAUGAAGAAGUAGAAGAUAUGAGUAUUAGUUCUGGCUCUGAGGAAUUAGAUGAUGAAUUGAAAAUAUAUAUUGAGGAGUCCAUGUUCCCUAUGUAUGAAAUAGAAUUACGUAAGAUGAAUGAAGAAUCGAAUACUUCACUCAUUAAAGAUAUUGAAUUGAAAAAUAAAAUAUUAAAUGAAUAUCAAGAAGAAGUAAAUAAGAUGAAGCGUAAAUAUCAACAAUCAUUGUUAGAAAUUAUUGAAAGAUACAAAAAAAGAGCCAAGGAAGCAUUUAUUCACUAA